AUGUGGAUCCAGCCGUUUCUCUGGUUCAUCAGCUUCCUGAUAUGGUAUCAGCUCUUCACGACGGUCUUUCUGACCUUCCUCCUGUUCGAACAUUGGACCUAUGUUGCUCUUUUCUACAGCACCUAUGUGGUUGUAAGUGUAACAUAAAAAGUUGUUGAAUUUGGGGUUUAGUUGUUCUGCCUGUCAUUGGGAAGCCUUUUCCAAGCCUUGUUCGCGCCAAUGCCCAAGAUCCCGGAGGGGUAUCGAUUGCCGGAGGGGUUUUUUGAAGCCGCUCAGAAGAAUCAAAAGCUAUCGCCAGAAUGGGCUCGAGGCUAUUUGGCGGUGAGAGCGUUGGCCAGAAAUCGAAAACUGAAGAACUCUAGGAAACGGUGAGUUAAUUUUUUCUCCAUCACGUUCUAAAAUACGAUCAAAAUUUUAAUUUUUAAUAAUUUUUGUCCAGAAACCGACCAGAAAUUUGCAAAAAACCUUAAAAAGUAUUCAAUUUGCCUAAAAAUUCGCUUGGAUUUUUAUCUAAAAUGACUUCAUUAAGCUUUUAUCAGCCCGAUAACCCAAAUUGAACAUCAAAAAGAAAUCAAAAAAUAUUUUUUUUUGGGUUACUGUAUCUAAAGUAAUAUUUUGUCUCCAGCUCAUUGAAAAUUGAACGGAAGACCUUGAAAUUCCCUCUAUUUUGUCUCAAAUGCAAUAUUAUCAAGCCGAAAGACACCAGACAUUGUACCAGAUGCUCGGCGUGCAUUCCCCGACUGGAUCAUCACUGUCCGGCCAUGGGUAAGAUAAAAAAUUUUUAUUUUGGUUGAAAUUUUGAUGAGUGGAUAAGUUUGAGUUGUUUUAGAGCCCUAUGAAGCUUUUUGGAUACAUUGGAAUGAGUUUUUAGUUUUUAAUUUCACUUGGUUUUGGGAGUUUUGUUGAAAAUUGAAAUGCACUGUGCACUAGGAAUGAGGUAAUAAAAUGGGCGUAAUGGCGGAUUUGGGAAAGAAAAAAGGUCGUAGGAUGGCUGAUCAAGCUACAUACGCGUUUUUUAUCGCUUUUUUUCAAAAAUUUUCCGCACAGUGCAAUUGAGGAAUUGGGGCCGCAGAAAUCGCACAGUGCAGUCAAAAUGGUAUUCUUAUGUCAUUAUUUUUAUGACGAGGUAAGGUAGUACCUCCGUGUAUUAUCUGAGUAGAUUUUCUAAGGAUCCUAGGCUAUGGCUUCAUUAUUUUGUUUUUUCAUUUUUUGCACGGUGCAAGCGAAAAAUUAGGAAAAUAAGUUUUGCACAGUGCGAUUUAUUCUAAGGUGACGUAAUCUGAAAGCUGCUGAGGUAAAAAUGCCAAAAAAAAUUUAUAUUGAUUCUCGAAGGUAUUAGUGGCUUUUUAAAGCAAAUUUUAUUUAGCGAUUAGCUCUAGGCAAUUUGAAAAAUCAAAAAAAUUAUUUUUGCACAGUGCAAAAACAAAGUGUGCAUAGAAUAGGGCAAAAAACUGAAAAUUUGGAGUGGUAAAAUAUGUAAAAUACGUGGAGUUGUCGUGUUUUAGGGAAAUGUGUCCACUAUGGCAACCACAAACACUUUUUGUUGUUCCUGAUUUACGCUGUGGUCAUUUGCGUUUACACGGAUAUUGUGGCUGGUUUCCACACGGUCAAGGCGAUCAUGAGAUAUCAAGACGAGCAAAUUGAACAACUCCUAACACCGAUUAUGUUGGCGGCCACAGGACUUGUUCAGACAAUGGUGAGUGGGGUUACGGUAGGAUUACUGUAGAGGGAAAAUUAGAGUUUUUUUUAUGAAAAAUGGUCAAAUUUGGGGUAUUAAAAGGAAGUGGGGUAAAACACGGAAAUUUGAUUUAUGUUUUGAAGAAAAAAUUAUAGUGGAUUACUGUAAUUUGAGAUUUUUCAUUUUCAAUUUUUGCCUAAAAUAAGGUCAAAAAUGAUUUUUUUAUGCAAAAUACGAGUUGACAAAGGAUGAAUCGUAUAUUGAUUUCAUUUUCAUACCAUAAAUUAGCAGGGUUACUGUAAUUUGUCGAAAAAAACUUGAAAUUUUUGCCUUUUUACCCAUAAAUUGUCUAAAGUAAGGUCAAAGACGUAAAAAUGAUGCGAAAAAUACAUGAAAAGCAUUUUUAAAUAUCAGAAAUUUAAUUUUACCCCCGUAUUUUCAGAGUUUCCCCCCAGUUUUGAUCUGGUUCCAAUACGGGUUAUGGGAAAAUGUGCUGGACGGCCUUUUGACGGUCGAGACUUGCUACGAAUCCAAUGAUUCCGAACUUCAGAAGACGGAAAAGACCAAACUGGAGAACAUCAAGAACUUUUUCGGAGAGAAUUAUUGGCUUUGGCCGUGGCCAAUCACCACCGAAACGGAGGAAAGGGCUUUUGAAUAG